GCAACCAACCAGUACCCCGUCCGACCACAGAACGCGCGGCCGCCAUGCGAGAAAAAACGAAUAAUAACGAAAACGAAAUUCCAAAUUCAAAUUGAUACACCAACAUUCCAGAAACUUGUAAAUAAUAGUCCUAUGCCGCGUGAUUGAUUGAGUUUUUUUAAACAAAAUAAUUUAAUUCGAUUUUUGAAAAGCAUAUGGCCAGUCCAAGGAUGUGAACUUUUUUAAUUUAUUUGUACAAAGGAAUGUGGUUUUAGUGUUUAUGUACCGAAGUGCUAGUGUUGUGUGUUUUAUUUGUUAUCUAUUUUAAUGUCCGCGGAGGUGUCAACCUUUGCGAAGUGCCAGUGUUGGAUUUAAAAAUAAAUAUAACAAUAAGACUGAAAGAUGUGGAGCGUGUUGUUGUUGGUGGCGCUAGUAGCGACCGCGCGUUCUAAACAAUUACCUCACACACAUGAUAUAUCAACAACAACAGUAGCCACAGCAACAGAACUGGACACAACAACGUGGCCCGGCGCAUUGGCGCCACUAGACACGCUGACGGUCGCGUGCGAGCGAGACAACAUGCAUGUCACCAUCUCGCUCGCGCACACGCACGCCGCGCACUCUGACAGUAUAUACGAGACGUUCAACGGUAUAGUGUACCCAGCUGGACUGGGCAGUAACUCCACCUGUCUCCGGGAGUACGUGUCAGCAAGAGGGGAUCUGCAAUACACCCUUCCAUUAAAGGGAUGUAACACUAUGUCCACGGACAGUGACGACGGCACAGUGGAAUACUUCAACAACAUCAUCGUUCAGCCUCACCUGAAGCUGGUGACCGGCCAGGGUCGAGGGUACCACGUGAGAUGCCGGUACAGCCGUCGCGACCUCACCCACUUCCACGUGUACCAUCAUCGGCCAAGAGCUGACCGUCUCAGCAAUUCAUUGUCCGAUACUGAUAAUUACAGUGAUGAAUACGACGAGGAUUCAGGGUUACUGCCGUCCGUUACUAUGAAAAUAUUCAAAGGGGAUCCUAAAGAUAAAGAGGUAGCGUCCACAGUACGUAUAGGUGAUGCCCUGACCCUCGUGGUAUCUCUGGAGAAGCAGCGUCAGUACGGACUGCUGGUGUCUGAGUGCGCAGUGCGAGACGGACUGGGCUGGGCUGAGCAGAGUCUCAUCGCUGAUGAUGGAUGUCCAUUAGACGGCGAGAUAAUGGGCAUGUUCCAGUAUUCAGGCGACAAACAGGAGGCGAGCGUGUCGUUCCCGGCUCACAAGUUCCCAUACACCGCUAGCGUGUACUACACCUGCGAAGUAAAACUGUGCGAUUUGAACCAUCCCACUGAUUGUGAGCCAUGUGCACAUAAGAACAACCGAGUUCGCCGUCAAUCGGACGAGGGCUCCCCAGCGACUGUGGAAGUGUUCUCCGGACUGUACGUCAAUGAAGCAGACUCACUCGACAAUGAUGAAGUUACCAGCGAAAAGAAAGAAGACGAAAUCUGCAUAUCGCAACGUAACUUCGCCAUCGCAAUAUGUGUAGCAGGCGUUAUAUUAAUGAUAUGUGUAAUUGCGGCCAUCGCAUUCAUACUGGCCCGGCGACGAAAUCCCAAGACCUACUCGAGAACUGGCAGCUCACUGUACAGCGGCCCUUAUACAAACACUGGUUAUUCGCACACGAGUUAAUAUAGAAAAUCUCCAGUCAAAUAUUAUAAAUAAGUUCUCAAAAGUUGGGAGAAAAAUGUGAUUGGUUUUUUAACUAAAGAAUUUAAUGUAUUAUUUACCGCCAAUUGUCAGUGUUUAAUAUCCACAGACAACACUAAUAAGUACGUUCUAUACUGCCAUAUAGUUCCUUAGUGUAAAUUUGAAAAAAGAAUCGAUAAUAUCAUAGAGAAAUUAUGUAAAAAGAACAUAUUUGUAUUUAUGAAGUGAAAUUCAUUUUUAAAUAUGGCGGUCUGAUUGGAUAUAAAAGAAGCGCAGUAAUAAAUUGAGUUCUUGGUAACUUAGAGCUACGAAUUAAUGCAAUAUUAUAUUAAAUUUUACAAUAUAAUCCAAUUAUUAAUAUUAGAUGUUGUGUUCAUAUCACAACGAUCAGUCAAAUUUAGAUAAGCACUAGUUAUUUACCAAUAUAUUUAAGAAUUUCGUGAGCAUACUUAAAAAAAUACCUACCUAUUUAUUUUGUGAUAAUUCGUACCCCGUCUCCAUUUUGAUUUUAAGUUUUUUUUUUAUUUUUAUUGUAAGUAUUUUAACUAAAAGGUUGCCUUACAUUACGUAAUAGAUAUAUAAUGUGAUCAAAGCACAAUAUUUAGCUGAGGAAUGUGGAUUUAGAUUCUAUUAUGGGUUUGGCCUGUGAAACUUCCGGAUCAAGACAUGACAUAAAGUACCGAUGUACAGAUGUGUGUAGUAGUAAUAGUACAUUCCAAUUUAAGUGAAAAGGCAAAAGAUCAAUACCAUACAGCCUAUUCUACAAUAAUCCAGACAUUAAUAUUAUAUUCUAAUUUCAAACUUGUUUUUAAUAUACAGUUUCAUAGGCCUUUUUAUUAAACGGUGGCGGGCCAUAUAUAUUUUCUCUCGCAGUUUUUCUUUUAGUUCAAGAUCUUCUGUAACGAUUUCUUUAAUGUUUAAAUGUGUGGAGAUAGCUAUAAGAAUACCUAAAUGUAUAACAUUUUUACCAUGUUUUAUAAAAUCAUUUAUUGUUUUUCUUUUCUGAUCCACUGAGGCACAGGAA